AUGAAGGUUGCAAUUCAACUAGAUCGGCCGACAAGCGAUCAGGACCCUCUCUUCACGAGUUUGGAUUAUGUUCGCGGCAAUGUCAUCCUCUCCUUGCAGCGUGCGGAUGCAGUGUCCAGGGUCACUGUGGUCCUCUCAGGAACUCUCUUCAGCAGUGUUGUGGCUGCCGCGACUAAUCCAUUAGAUGGCACCUUACACGCCAUGAAUACGCACAAGCUCUUUGAGGUUGACCAGCCAAUCUUCCCUCCACCUGAUUUUCCAGCCACAUCAAAAGGCUUUUCUCUACCGAAAGGCUCAAAUGUCUUCCCAUUCGUCCUCCGCUUUCCAAUCUUAUCAACCUGCAGCGACACGAACCAUGAUUGGAUCAAGCACCUCAAUACCUCCUUACCUCCGUCCACCAAAGUCCAGGCGCCCAAUAAUGUCGCCACCGGAGAAGUAAAAUACUCCAUUAAAGUCAAAGUUGAGCGCCCCGGGCGCUUCAAGCCCGACCUGACUUCACAGCUGGAGCUGAGAUUCAUGCCUCUAGACCCUUCAUUACCACCACCAAUGCUGAAUCCUGUUUCAGCCAGGACAUCUAGAUCGCUGUUGCGGACCUCUUCGAGAAGUAGCCCUCCUUCAUCACCACCGGUUUCUGAUCGGCUAGAUAAUAGCGUCAUCACUUUCGAAGCGUCGCUGCCAUCGCCGGCUGUACUUCAUACGAAGCAUCACUUACCUCUCACUAUUUCCGCUAUUAUCAAAUCUGGUUCAAGGAUACCUGGGUCGUCGGUGUAUCUCAGGUCACUUGCUCUAUGUUUGCGAAUAGAGACGAUUAUUACAGUCGGACCUAAUUCAACCACAUGGCCGUCUCUUGACGAGCUUCUCAACUUGUCUGGACUCCAGAUUGAGCUAAGCGAGGCGUUUCCAGGACAAGGGGAAGUAGAUCGUGAACUUUGGAAAGAUGUCAUUAUUCCGGAGAUAAAUCCUAGUUUUACAAGCUGUACACUUGUGCAGCAACAUUUUCUAGUCGUCGCAGGAGGAUUUUCAUACGGCACAGAGGGCUCGGUUCAGAUUAUCAAAACAUCAAUCAAUAUUGAUGUCCAUACAGGAAUCAAGCCAAAUGUAAGACUAGAUGAGCUUAACGGGGAUGAAGUUGAAGAAGCACCGUUUAUACCCUGGCGAGUUGGAUCCGAGAGGCACUUAGGCAUAAUGAGGAGGACAGAUUCGGUGUCCACGGAUGUGCCACCACCAGCUUAUUCAUAA